CGAGAUGCGCCUCCUCCCCUCCACCCUCUAGCCGAGCGCCUGGCGACCGCCGCGGCCCACUUUAAACUCGUGGGGGUCUCGACUGCCCCUUGUGCAGUUCGCCCCAUGUGUACUUCGCAGCUGGAGCUGCUGCAGGUGUUCUUCCUGAUGCUCCCCGGGGGCGUCUGGCCUCAGCCCGCUUCCUCUCCUUCAGCGCCUGUGCCCACCCCUUCGGACGCGGGGCCGGGGUCGCCGGGCGGGACCCUUCAGUCCUCCUCGGAGGGGUCUGAAACUCCGUGGCCUGUACCUGGGAUCUCUACGUUGGGCCCUACGGCCGUGACCCUCUCUGCACCUGGGAAUGGGACCGUACACCUGUUGCCAGCCUUACCUGUCUGUGUCUGUGACUUGACUCCUGGUACCUGCGACAUAAAUUGCUGCUGCGACAAGGACUGCUAUCUUCUGCACCCGAGAACGGUUUUUUCCUUCUGCCUUCCAGGCAGCGUGAGGUCUUCAAGUUGGAUGUGUGUGGACAACUCUCUUAUCUUCAGGAGUAAUUCCCCAUUUCCUUCAAGGGUUUUCAUGGAUUCAAGUGGAAUUAAGCAGUUUUGUGUCCUUGCGAACAACUCAAAAUUAAACUAUUUCCAGAAGCUCCAGAAGGUCAACGCAACCCACUUCGAGGCCCUGGCUACAGAGUUUGGAGGGGGAUCGUUCACUUCAACAAUCCAAACCCAGUCCCCACCACCUCAUUACAGGGCUGGGGACCCCAUUUUGACUUACUUCCCCGAGUGGUCUGUAAUCAGCUUGCUGAGGCAGCCUGCAGGAGUUGGAGCUGGGGGGUUCUGUGCUGAGAGCAAUCCUGCUGGUUUCCUGGAGAGUAAAAGUACCACGUGUGCUCGCUUCUUCAAGAAUCUGACAAGUAGCUGCACCUCAGAUCCAGCUCUCAAUGCUGCCUCUUACUAUAACUUCACAGUCUUGAAGGUUCCAAGAGGUAUGACUGAUCUGCAGAAUAUGAAGUUCCAGGUUCCUGUAACCCUUGUCUCACAAGCUGGUUCUCCUCUCUUGUCUGGAAACACUUGUCAGAAUGUGGUUUCCCAGGUCAUCUAUGAGAUAGAAACCAAUGGGACUUUGGGAAUCCAGAAAGUCUCUGUCAGUUUUGGACAAACCAACCUGACUAUCAAGCCAGGCACUUCCUUACAGCAACACUUUCUCAUUCGCUUCAGGGCUUUUCAACAGAACAAAGCUGCUUCUCUUACUAGUCUUAGAAGUGGGAAUCCUGGCUAUAUUGUUGGGAAGCCACUUUUGGCCCUAACUGGUGAUAUAAGUCACUCUAUCACCCUCAUGAAAAGUAAGGGUGAUGGAAUUUGCUCUGUUAAGAGACAUGAAGUACAAUUUGGAGUGAAUGCAAUAUCUGGAUGCAAGUUCAGGUUGAAAAAGAUGGACUGCAGCCACUUACAGCAGGAGAUUUAUGAGACUCUUCAUGGAAAGACCAGCCCAGAACAUGUUGCCAUCUUUGGUAAUGCUGACCCAGCCCAAAAGAGAGAGUGGAUGCGGAUUCUCAGCAGGAACUGCAGUGUUUCAGCUAUGCAUUGUACUUCCUGCUGUGUCAUACCAGUUUCCCUGGAGAUCCAGGUAUUGUGGGCGUAUAUAGGCCUCCAGUCCAACCCACAAGCUCAUGUGUCAGGAACCCGAUUCCUAUACCGGUGCCAAUCCAUAAAGGAUUACCAACAAGUAACAGAAGUACCUUUGACAACUGUUGUGACCUUUGUGGACAUUACCCAGAAGCCAGAGCCUCCAAGGGGCCAACCUAGAAUAGACUGGAAACUGCCAUUCGACUUCUUUUUCCCCUUCAAAGUGGCAUUCAGCAGAGGAGUAGACUCUCAAAAAGGCUCAGCCUCUCCCGUCCUUAUCCUGUGUCUCUUAGUGCUUGGAGUUCUCAAGCUAGAUACCAUGUGAAACAAGGAGAGUCAGUUUUUUAAUUUUCCCUAUGGGAAGUUCUAAGACAGCCUGCUUAUCUUGGCUAAAUGGGUCCGUACCUGCUUGUGACCAGAGGACAACAUUUAAAAUAACAGAGGACCUAACUGAAGGAAUGUUUGUAUAUGAAAGAAGAGAUUUUUGAAAAGCAAUAAAAACAUCAUCUUUGUUAGGGCUCUCUGCUUAGGACUCUGCAGACCACCAAGUACACAUUAGGUUCUCUACUUAUCAAGCUAGGAAGAACCUAAAGAGCCCUUCCUCCAGCCCUUCAGGUUUUGUUAUGCCUGACUAAAGUUUUGCAAAAUCUUCAUCCAUCUGCUCAUAGGCACACUUAGGCCCAGCAUAAAAAGGAACAUGCUCCCGCUAUCCCCCAGAUGAAUUUGGGAAUAGAUGCCCUCUGGACUUAAGAGUAACUGUUAGGAACAGAAAACUGCUGGCUAUAGAUUCCAUCUGGCCCCUCCCUACUCCCUUGGGCCACACUCUUUGCCUGGGCAGGAGUAAGGAAAACAGUUCUUUCAGGUCAGUUUCCAAAAUGAUUGAGGAAUCCCAGCCUCCUUUUUUUGCUAGCAAAUGAUUGAUCCUACUACCCAUUUCUAUAUUUUUCCUUCCUUCCAUUGUGGUGAGUAGAAAUGAAACUGAGAGCUUUGUUGUGCUAAUUCCAGCAGCACACAGAAGCUGACAUGUGAUCACCUCAUGAUUACUUAUCUAUGUGCAUGAGGUUUAAAAAGAAGGAAAAAAUGUCCAUACAUAGCACAAUGGCAUUCAGAUCAAAGUCCUUAAGCUCUUUCCCUGGGAUUAGAGCUAAAUAUAGCAGGAUAGGUGAGAUUGGGAAGGAGACUGGGAGGGUGGAGGUGAUGCCAGGAGCCAGAGGGUUGGGAGCCUAAAGUGACUAUAGUAGAAACACUGAAUGGGCAAAAUAGACUCUAAGAUGGGGUCAAUAACAUGGGAGCUCAUCAUAUAGGGACUUGAAAGCCAGGCAGAGAGAACUGAAAAUAGUCUACUUUUUUUUUUUUUUUUUUUUUUUACAACAUAGUAAAGAUCUGAAUCUAGAAUUGCCUUUUAAUAAAGCAUAUACUUAGUUAUAAUAAAUCUUAAGUUACAGUGCUAUUGUAAACACCAUCUCUGAUGGGUUUAUCGUUUUUGCCCCAUUCCAAAGUACUCUGAAAGUAACCUACUUCCCUGCAGGAAAGUGGCAAGUUUCUCAUAGCAGUUAUUACCAAACUAGGAGGAAGUGCUGCUGUAAGAGGGAAAUUAUGCACAGGGGGAGUUGGGACCUGGAAUGCUGAUGGCAUGGUUCCCACUAGAGUCCAUUAUGUAGAUGUUAAUGUUAAUCAGCAACCCUGCCUCCCAAGAGGCCUGUACCAAACCAGACCACAAAGCUAUUAGAGUAUUUAGGGUCUCCAGUUUGGGCUUCCUAAAGAGGAAAAAACUUCCGUGACAAUUCAUUCCAUAUUAUGGAGUAGGGCACAUCUAAUUUACUCCUGACAGUCUACAAGUUCUCAGAAUCUGGUCCCUCUAUUUCUUUAUUCACAUGCUUAUUUCCGUGCCCCUGUGCUAUGAAACCAUUCUAUGCCUCUACCAAAAAAAAAUUCUUAUUUUUUAAAGAUUUUAUUUAUUCAUAGAGACACAAGAGAAUGAGAGGCAGAGACACAGGCAGAGGGAGAAGCAGGCU